AUGAGUGAUAUUGACUUCAUUCCAGCCACUAUAUCAGGUGUCACCUCGACUCUGGGGGCCCUGGGUCUUUCUGUUGAUACCCCAGAGUCGAGGUUCGAGCUGCUUGCAGCGGAGCUGCUCAGCCAAAUAUUCGAUUAUUUGGGCACAGACGAUAUCAGCAAUGUCCGCCUAACUUGUCGGGUAUUCGCCAACGCUUGCAUUCGAUACCUGCCCAGAAAGUGUGCAGUUAGCUGCACCAAGGCCAGUCUUGAGAGGAUCGAGUAUAUUGCCUCACCCCCACUCAUCUCUCAACGCAUCCAGUCUCUUACGGUAGACUGCAGCCAAUUUUGGACCCUCGUUCACGGACGACCAAACCAAUCAUGGGAUUAUAUACCUGCGGUUGGCCCUGAAGAAUUUCCGUGGUGUGAAGCAUACAAGAGGAUAUGGGAAGAGCAGAGACAGAUUAAACAAACUGGAAAAGACAACGAUAUCAUUUCCCGGGCUAUUCCACAUUUUAAGAAUCUAAAAUCUGUCCGCCUCUGCAUGGGCCGAUUCAGCGAAGAUGGACGUUUGCACCGGGAAACUUACAACUCGGCGUUGGAACACUUCAGCUUUUCCUAUGAUAGCCCUGUUUCUUGCAGCAUUCUUCAGUAUCUAAUGGUCAUGGAACCUUUGCGUGAUGCGGGAAUCAAGGUGGAAUCUCUCGAGUUACUCGAUGUUUCUUAUGGGAUAUUCUACCCUAUCAGCCAGAUAAUAGGGGGAAUGGAGGCUAAUUUCGAGCAUCUUACCAACUUGUCCAUUCGCGUUCAAGUUCACCCUGACAAAGUGAUGAACUCUGCAGAAGGGAAACCAGAGCUUGGACGGGUUCUAUCUUACGGCGUGCUGGCAGGAUACCUUGAAGCAGCUACACGCUUACGUUCCUUGUCACUCUCAUCCAAGGAUGACCAUGGAGGGAGAAUGAUGGUUUCCGACAACGCAUUCUCUUCGAAUAUCACUUGGGAGCAUUUGCAUACACUCACACUCGAUAACGUCUGGAUCGCAGAGGAUAUACUAGUUGGUUUAGCUACCCGCCACAGCAAGACGCUGAAGAACUUGACGCUGCACAACAUUAUUCUCUGCGGUUCGUGGUUCACUGCCUUUCCCGCCAUUCGUGAGAUUUCUUCUCUUGAAAAGGCAGUUGUUUAUGGGUGGAUUGGAAAUCCAGUGGGUGAAUACGCCCGGCGUGAACACUGGAGACUUGGUGUCUAUCCCGAUAGAGAGUUCGACACACCUUGGGGAGACGACGCAAGAGAGCACAGGCUUGGACUCCAGGUUGCAUCGUUCCUGUGCAGAGACCCAGGGGUGAUUGCACUGCCGUUGAAUUAUUCAAACAUGACUAGGCACUUUUGA